GAACCAUCAAGCUUCAGGUCGUCCGGAGGUCCGACCUAGCAAAGGGAAGAUUUAACGGUAUGUUCGGGCUUUAACCACAGUGCUGCCUUAAGCCCACAUUUCUGUUGUAUGCGUUCGGUUCCGAGCAGAUCAUGAGCAAAGAGUACCAGAUGAGAGCGGCCAUCAACCAGAAGCUGAUAGAGAUGGGAGAGAGGGAGAGGCUAAAGGAGCUCCUCAGGGCCAAACUGGUGGAGUGUGGAUGGAAGGAUCAGCUGAAAGCUCACUGCAAAGAUGUGAUCAGAGAGAAAGGCCUGGAGCACGUCACGGUGGAGGACCUCGUCACAGAGGUGACGCCGAAAGGCCGAGCGCUCGUACCGGACAGCGUGAAGAAAGAACUCCUGCAGAGAAUCCGAGCUUUCCUGGUUCAACACGCUGCGCUGUGAGGACCACUCCUCCAGUUACUGUGAAUAAAAUCUGAACUGAUGUUUGUUCGACUUGUGACUAUUGCCUGAUGGCGAUUUUAUUUUCUGCUGUGUGUUUUGCUGCUGUUUUGGAAGAAAACCAAUAAAGUUCUGCCAUGUGUGGA